AUGAGCGUGAAGACCAGGGCCUACUACUCCGUCCUGGCACUUCCGCCGGUUGCCCGUCGUGAGGGUCAAGAUCCUUCUCCAGCCCUUUAUUUCGGAGGGACCUACUCAUGGGAGCCCCCGGCACCAGUUGACGCAAUCCAACGCUUGGAGUUUGAGGAAGAGCAGAUCUAUAACACCAACGACGCAGACUUGCUUCAAAUCUGGAGGCUGAAUCACAACCAAUUCAGGUUUAUCAGAUUCCACAGCUUCCCGCCCGAUAAGCGGCUGCCAAAUGGCACAGUCAGCAUCGCUGGGUUUAUACUAGGGGGGGAAAUGUUGUCUGAAAUUAGCGCUAGUUUGCUCGAAAUUACCCCUGAUGGAUAUGUUUUCACGGCCCAUCAGACACUUCAUUCACAUCUAAUCAAAUUCUUCAAACACGCCUACGAACGACCGGUCAGAGAGAACUUGAGCACCUUAGUCGCAGAGCCCUGCAGAAACAAUGACGUUGACCGGCGUGUUCGUGACGGUUCUGAACCCCAUGCCAAGCUGAGAGCAGCUCUCAUUGCAAUUGACAUCUUCAGGAACGUUUUCAGCGAUAUCAACGCUCUAAAAAGCGAAAUGUUGGCACUCAAUGAUUGCCAGGCAUUGGCUCAACUGGCGAGAAUGACACGGCACCUUUGUGGAGAUCAACUCAGAGUUGAGAACGGCCGUGAGGACGAGAGGAGGCGCGUUGAUAAGUUGAGGUGGGCCAUGAUUUGUUCCCCAAAGCUAGUCGAAGAUUUGUCCAGAGGACUUCGCGACAGGGACCUAGAAGAUGUAUGCAGGGAAGGAGACGGGGCGACGAUACGCACAGGGCUAUUUACCAGCACCUACUUUCUGCCUGCGGACCACGAACCGUUCACAGUCUCCGACGGACGGAUGGAAGGUCAAACCUAUAACUACAGCAAGAGAGAGGUUCUGGCUGCCGUCAUUGACUUUGUUUUAACCGCCACGUGGGUUAUUGGAGGUAUCCAUAGUAAUAUUUGCUACGAGGCCUUGUCGAUUACCGGGGAUGUUUUUAUGAUUUAG